ACAUUUCAACCUACGAAUGAAGAGGGAUACAUCCCUUUUCAGUGAUGAAUUUAAAGUAGAAACAUCAAAUGAAGUACUUGAUUAUGAUACCUCUCAUAUUUACACUGGACAUAUUUAUGGUGAAGAAGGAAGUUUUAGCCAUGGGUCUGUUAUUGAUGGAAGAUUUGAAGGAUUCAUCCAGACUCGUGGUGGCACGUUUUAUGUUGAGCCAGCAGAGAGAUAUAUUAAAGACCGAACUCUGCCCUUUCAUUCUGUCAUUUAUCAUGAAGAUGAUAUUAACUAUCCCCAUAAAUAUGGUCCACAGGGGGGCUGUGCAGAUCAUUCAGUAUUUGAAAGGAUGAGGAAGUACCAGAUGACUGGUGUAGAGGAAGUAACACAGACACCUCAAGAAGAACAUGCUGUUAAUGGUCCAGAACACCUGAGGAAAAAACGUACAACUUCAGCUGAAAGAAAUACUUGUCAGCUUUAUAUUCAGACUGAUCAUCUGUUCUUUAAAUAUUAUGGAACACGAGAAGCUGUGAUUGCCCAGAUAUCCAGUCAUGUUAAAGCGAUUGAUACGAUUUACCAGACUACAGACUUCUCUGGAAUCCGUAACAUCAGUUUCAUGGUGAAACGAAUAAGAAUCAACACAACUGCUGAUGAAAAGGACUCUACGAAUCCCUUCCGUUUCCCAAAUAUUGGUGUGGAGAAGUUUCUGGAAUUGAAUUCUGAGCAGAAUCAUGAUGACUACUGUUUGGCCUAUGUCUUCACAGACCGAGAUUUUGAUGAUGGUGUUCUUGGUCUGGCUUGGGUUGGAGCACCUUCAGGAAGCUCUGGAGGAAUAUGUGAAAAAAGUAAGCUGUAUUCAGAUGGUAAGAAGAAGUCCUUAAACACUGGAAUUAUUACUGUUCAGAACUAUGGGUCUCAUGUACCCCCCAAAGUCUCUCAUAUUACUUUUGCUCAUGAAGUUGGACAUAACUUUGGAUCGCCACAUGAUUCUGGAACAGAGUGCACUCCAGGAGAAUCUAAGAAUUUAGGGCAGAAAGAAAAUGGCAAUUACAUCAUGUAUGCAAGAGCAACAUCCGGGGACAAACUUAACAACAAUAAAUUCUCACUCUGUAGUAUUAGAAAUAUAAGCCAAGUUCUUGAGAAGAAGAGAAACAACUGUUUUGUUGAAUCUGGCCAACCUAUUUGUGGAAAUGGGAUGGUGGAGCAAGGUGAAGAAUGUGACUGUGGCUAUAGUGACCAGUGUAAAGAUGAGUGCUGCUAUGAUGCAAACCAGCCAGAGGGCAAGAAAUGCAAGCUGAAGCCAGGGAAGCAGUGCAGCCCAAGUCAAGGUCCCUGUUGUACCGCACAGUGCGCAUUCAAAUCAAAAACUGAGAAGUGUCGGGAUGAUUCAGACUGUGCAAAAGAAGGAAUAUGUAAUGGCAUCACAGCUCUCUGCCCAGCUUCUGAUCCUAAACCAAACUUUACAGACUGUAAUAGGCAUACACAAGUGUGCAUUAAUGGGCAAUGUGCAGGUUCUAUCUGUGAGAAGUAUGGCUUGGAGGAGUGUACCUGUGCCAGUUCAGAUGGCAAAGAUGAUAAGGAAUUAUGCCACGUCUGCUGUAUGAAGAAGAUGGAUCCAUCAACUUGUGCCAGUACAGGGUCUUCGCGGUGGAGCAUGCACUUCGUUGGUCGAACCAUCACCUUGCAACCUGGAUCCCCUUGCAAUGAUUUUAGAGGCUACUGUGAUGUUUUCAUGCGGUGCAGAUUAGUAGAUGCUGAUGGUCCUCUAGCUAGGCUUAAAAAAGCAAUUUUUAGUCCAGAACUCUAUGAAAACAUUGCUGAAUGGAUUGUGGUUUAUUGGUGGGCAGUAUUGCUUAUGGGAAUUGCCCUGAUCAUGCUAAUGGCUGGAUUUAUUAAGAUAUGCAGUGUUCAUACUCCAAGUAGUAAUCCAAAGCUGCCUCCUCCUAAACCUCUUCCAGGCACUUUAAAGAGGAGGAGACCCCCACAGCCCAUUCAGCAACCCCAGCGUCAGAGGCCCCGGGAGAGUUAUCAAAUGGGACACAUGAGACGUUAACUGCAGCUUUUGCCUUGGUUCUUCCUAGUGCCUACAGUGGGAAAACUUCACUCCAAAGAGACACCUAUUAAAUCAUCAUCCCCAAACUAAACCCUCACAAAUAACAGUCGGAGAAAAAAUGGCAAGAGAUCAUGUCCUCAGACCAGGUGGAAUUACUUAAAUUUUAAAGCCUGAAAAUUCCAAUUUGGGGGUGGGGGGGGUGGAAAAGGAACCCAAUUUUCUUAUGGACAGCUAUUUUUAACCUAAUGGCACAAAGUCUUAGAAUAUUAUUAUGUGCCCCGUGUUCCCUGUUCUUCGUUGCUGCAUUUUCUUCACUUGCAGGCAAACUUGGCUCUCGAUAAACUUUUAUCACAAAUUGAAAUAUAUAUAUAUUUUUUUCAACUGCCAAUCAAGGCUAGGAGGCUCGACCACCUCAACAUUGGAGACAUCACUUGCCAAUGUACAUACCUUGUUAUAUGCAGACAUGUAUUUCCUACGUACACUGUACUUCUGUGUGCAAUUGUAAACAGAAAUUGCAAUAUGGAUGUUUCUUUGUAUUAUAAAAUUUUUCCGCUCUUAAUGAAAAAUUACUGUUUAAUUGACAUACUCAGGAUAACAGAGAAUGGUGGUAUUCAGUGGUCCAGGAUUCUGUAAUGCUUUACACAGGCAGUUUUGAAGUGAGACUCAAUUUACCUUUUUAUAAUGAUAGAGUUGGUUCUGAUACUCCUCUUGUCUUCAUCCCAUGGCUGCUAAGAGCAUAGGAGUGACUACGUUGAAGGACACAGUUAAGUGUGCAGACUGGACGUGCGCAGCAUACUACUUCAGAGUCCGUUCUUACGUAAACGUCUGAUUUCUGCUUACUUAUUUUAAACUUUCUAAUUCAAUUCCGGUUUUGAAAUUUUAAUCACGCUUUGGUAGAAAUUAUGUCAAUGAGAUGAUUUUUUUAUUUGUAGCCUGUUAUUUGUGUUUUCCGUAUAUCUAAAGUAUGCUAAUUAUGUUUUUGGUUUUCUCUGAUAUGGAAAAGAAAAAGCUGUGUCUUUUAUUUUAUCAAAAUAUUAGAACAGUUUUUUCAGCAUACUAUCACUGAUCAUUGGUAACCACUAAAGAAGGGUGAUUUGUUCAACUAGUAGUUAAAAUUGUAGAUAGGCCUUCUGACAUUUUUUUCCUUAAAAUAUGUUAACAACAGUGAAGGUGAAACAGCACAAUGUCCCAUUCCAAAUUUAUUUUUUAAACAGAUGUAAAUAAUUGGCUUUUUAAAGAAAGAAAGCAAAAGCAUUUAAUGUAUUAACAGGCUUAUUGCUAUGCAGGAAUGGAAGGGGGCAUUACAACAAAGUUUUAAGCUUGUGACAUAUUUAUUGCUUCUGUUUUCCAACUACAUCACUUAAAUUAGAAGUAAACAGCUAUGAUUUUUCUGGCUUCACAUAGGAGGCAAAUUUAGAGAACGUUGAAAAGAUUUGUGUUUUGGCUUUUUUUUUUUCCUUUUUGUUUCUUAAGAGUAUAAGGUUUACACAAUCAUUCUCAUAAUGUGACGCAAGCCAGCAAGGCCAAAAAUGCUAGAGAAAAUAAUGGGAUCUCUUCCUUGUAAACUUGUACAGUAUGUGGUGACUUUUUUCAAAAUACAGCUUUUUGUACAUGAUUUAGAGACAAAUUUUGUACAUGAAACCCCAGAUAGACUAUAAAUAAUUCUAAACCAACAAGUAGGUAGAUAUGUAUGUAAUUGCUUUUAAAUCAUUUAAAUGCCUUUGUUUUUGGACUGUGCAAAGGUUGGAAGUGGGUUUGCAUUUCUAAAAUGGUGACUUUUAUUCUGCAAGAGUUCUUAGUAACUUCUUGAGUGUGGUAGACUUUGGAACAUGUACAUUUUUUGCUUGUAAUGUUAUCCUGUGGUAGGGUUUUGGCAGGUACACACUGCCCUAUUUUAUUUUGAGUCUAAGUUAAAUGUCUUCUGACAAGAGAUACGUGCACUGAACUCUUUCCACUGCAAAUCAAGAUGUGGUAAAAACAAAAGGAUCAAGACAAAUGAGAUCUAGUACUACUGUCAGUUUAAUGUCCACUGUGUUUUAUACAGUAUCUUUUUGUUCACUUUGGAAAUUUUUACUAAAAAUUGCAAAAAAUAAAGUAUUGUGCAAAGAUGUAAGGUUUUUUGAAACUUGAAAUGCAUUAAUAAAUAGACUUGAUGAAAUCAA